AUGACGAAUAGAUUUACUCACUUUGGAGAGAUAUUGGAAUUCCCACGGAGUAUACCUGAAGUGAAAGCUUUAAUAAUUGCUCAUCUGGAAGAAACGUGCCAAAGAAUUUUCCACUAUUAUUCCGAUGGCUCCGCAUUAGGUGGAUUGUUGUCAUUGGCGAGAGACAUGCUUGUGGCGUAUAUCAUAUACUCAAAGUUUAUUCAAAUAUACAACUUUGUUUGGGGAUAUGGUGUGAUUGGAGCAUGUCGACAAACAGUGACAAGUAUCUUGACAAAAUUAUUUGCAUUCAUCUUAACAUUACCUCCAAUGAAAAAGAAGGUAGACUCGGAAUUAAACUCAACAAUCGAAAAGAUGGAAGAACAUAUUAUGAAAAAUGACGACGACUUGCUUCAAUUUUCUACAUUACCAGACAAGGGUAUUCCUACUGAAUUGGUAGAGAAUGAGUUGGAUAAAUUACAAGAUUUGAAUCAUCCAAAUUGGAAAACUGGUAGAGUGACAGGAACUGUGUACCAUGGAGGUGAUGAACUUUUGACACUUCAGUCCAAGGCAUAUCACAAAUAUUCAGUUGCAAAUCAAUUGCACCCUGAUGUUUUCCCAGGAGUGCGGAAGAUGGAAGCAGAAGUGGUGGCAAUGGUUUUGGAUAUAUUCAAUGCCCCUGAAACUGGAUGUGGAUCAACGACCUCGGGUGGGACGGAAUCCUUGUUACUUGCUGGAUUGGCAGCUAGGGAGUAUGCAAGGAAAUAUCGUGGAAUAACUGACCCUGAAGUAAUUGCUCCAAAUACAAUUCAUGCAGGUAUUGAGAAGGCUUGUUUUUAUUUCGGAAUGAAACUUCAUAAAGUAGAUUUAGAUCCUAUCACUUUCAAAGUUGAUGUCUCCAAGGUGAAGAGACUUAUAAAUAGUAAUACUGUAUUAUUAGUAGGGUCAGCUCCAAAUUAUCCUCAUGGCAUUAUAGACGACAUUGAAGCUCUUUCCAAACUUGCUUUAAAAUACAAUAUUCCACUUCAUGUUGAUGCAUGUUUAGGGUCAUUCAUUGUCAGCUUCCUUGAACGAUCAAAAGUUCAUGGUGAUAGAAAAUUACCCAUUUUUGAUUUUAGGUUGCCAGGUGUUACCUCCAUUUCUUGUGACACCCACAAAUAUGGAUUUGCUCCAAAAGGAUCAUCAGUCAUUAUGUACAGGGAAUCCAAGUUAAGAGAAUGCCAAUAUUAUAUUCUGAGCGAUUGGACUGGUGGGAUGUAUGGAUCACCAACUUUGGCUGGUUCUCGUCCAGGUGCACUUGUUGUAGGUUGUUUCAGUACUAUGAUAAAUAUCGGUAAGGAUGGCUAUGAACAGUCAUGCAGAGAAAUUGUCCAAGCAACUAUGACUCUCAAGGACGCUUUACAUUCUGAUCCUACUUUGUCAAAGUACUUGGAAGUACUUGGUGAUCCUAUUGGUUCGGUCGUUGCAUUCAGAGUUAAGAAAUCUGAACAAGACCUGAUUAAUAUUUAUGAACUUGGCGACUUACUUAAUAAAAAUGAAUGGCAUUUUGCUUCGUUACAAAAACCAGCUGCAUUGCAUUUUGCAUUAACUAGGUUGACUGUGCCUGUGAUUGGUGAAUUGAUUAGUGAUCUCGUUGAUUGUACAUUGAAGGCUGUCGAAUCUAGAAAGAAGAAUUCAAAACCUUCAGGUGAUACUGCAGCUAUGUAUGGGGUUGCUGGAAGUAUCCAAACUUCAGGUGUUGCAGAUCGUUUGAUUGUUGCAUUCCUUGAUACUUUAUAUAAAAUUUAG